GUUCCUUUUCAGGCUCCAUCUUCAUUCUUCAUGUGUUGCAAUUCGUCAAAAGACACACAACAAACAUUGAAAAUGAACCCUGUUCCUAUGAUUCUCUCCAUGUUCCUGAUCCUCCUUCUUCACCGUGCAGUUGCACAAGCACAACACCACCCUCCUUUUCAUCCUCCUGCACCCGCACCUGCACCUGCACCUGUUCCUGUUUCUCAACCCAUUGCUCCACUUUCCACCUCCAAUCCCAUCCCUGCAGCUCUCUCUCCUGGAUUUCAGGUUGGGGAACAACAACAGCACCGAAAAGGUUCACACAACAAAACGGUGGUUAUAUCUGUGGCCGUAGCCACCGGUGCAGUUGGUGCAGUUAUUCUCGCUUUGCUAUGCUUCUGGAUUUGCCAUACCAAGCGUCCCUCAAAAUCAAACAAGAAGAAUCAAAGUCUUCACAUCUCAGAUACAGUGGAGAAAGGGCUCAUAGGAAUGAAGACGAUUGGUAUGAAAGGUUGUGCUCCAAUCAUUGAUUAUAAACAAAUAGAGAAAAGCACGAAUAAUUUUGACGAAAGUAACAUCUUGGGUGAAGGAGGUUUUGGAUGUGUUUACAAGGCUCGUUUGGAUGAUAAUCUUGUUGUUGCUGUUAAGAAGCUACACUGUCAAACUCAAAAUGCUGAGAGAGAAUUCGAGAAUGAGGUCCAAUUAUUGAGCAAAAUUCAGCAUCCCAAUAUAAUUCCUCUGCUGGCUUGUAGCAUUAAUGGGGACACCAGGUUCAUCGUUUAUCAGUUGAUGCAAAAUGGAUCCUUAGAAGCUCACUUACAUGGACCUACUAGAGGGUCUGCAUUGACUUGGAACAUGAGGAUGAAGAUUGCUCUUGACACGGCAAGAGGAUUAGAAUAUCUGCAUGAGCAUUGUCACCCUCCUGUCAUCCAUAGAGAUAUGAAAUCUUCCAAUAUUCUUUUGGAUGCAAACUUCAAUGCUAAGCUAUCUGAUUUUGGGCUUGCCAUAACUGAUGGGUCCCAAAGCAAGAAGAACAUUAAGCUUUCAGGCACAUUGGGGUACGUAGCCCCAGAGUACCUUUUAGAUGGAAAAUUGACAGAUAAAAGCGAUGUGUAUGCAUUUGGGGUUGUACUUCUUGAACUUCUGUUAGGAAGGAAGCCUGUGGAGAAACUGGCACCAGCUCAAUGCCAAUCUAUUGUCACAUGGGCGAUGCCGGCACUCACAGACAGAUCCAAACUUAGGAACAUUGUGGAUCCAGUGAUCAAAGAUACAAUGGAUGUCAAGCACUUAUAUCAGGUUGCUGCUGUUGCUGUUCUCUGUGUUCAGCCUGAGCCAAGUUACCGUCCUCUAAUCACUGAUGUUCUUCAUUCACUUGUCCCUCUUGUUCCCAUUCAUCUUGGAGGAACACUCAGAUCUCAUUGAAUUCAACCACAUUUUGCUUUCUUAAUAACAGAUUAAUGUAUACAUUGUAUAUAUAAAUAUACAAAGAGAUAAAAGGUUCUGUUGAUAUAAAUGAACGAUUCCAUCACAUUUAUUGCGAGAAUGCUUCAAUUAUAUGAACUCAUUGGCAACCGACACAGCAAAUAAG